CCCCGCGCAAAUUGAAAAAAAAUAUAAAUAUUUUAGUACUUGAUUUUUUUUUUUUUAUUCUUAUUUCUUUUUCUCUUUUUUUUUAUUCUUCUUCGUCUUUUUUUUUUUUAAACAAUGUCGGUAGAGAAUAAAGAAAAGGACGAUAAAGUUAUCGUAAAUGAUAAUGGUGUGCCUUUAUAUAAAAGUCAAAUGACAGCAUUAGAUGAAAAGUUGGAUAAAGAAAUUGUAUAUGAAUUCGGUGGGUCUGUAGGCGUCCUUGGAAUGAUGAUAGGUUUCCCUUGUUUAAUGUAUUAUCUCUGGGUUUGUCUCGAAUAUCAUCAAGGCAGUCUUAUUUAUCCAUCUUCUUUUACAAAGGAUGAUAUUAUUCUAUUUAUAUCAAGGGAAAUUAUUGAAAAAGUAAAAUUGGGUGCUUACCCUACUGCAUUUGCUAUUAAGAUCUAUAUGGGCUAUGUUUUAUUUUCUUUUAUUUUGGCUUAUAUUAUGCCUGGUCCUGUUGUUCACGGUACACCUCUUCCUACUUUAAAGGGAAAAAGCCUUCCUUAUUUAUGUAAUGGUUUAUCAUCUUGGUAUUUAACACUUGUUACUGCUUUUGUUCUUCAUUUUACUGGUAUUUUCCGUUUGACUUCUAUUGUUGAAAAUUUUGGUAGUAUCAUGACAGUUGCAAUUAUUUGGGGUUAUACCAUGUCAAUUCUUGUUUUUAUUUGUGCUUUUAUGAAUGGUACUACACAUCGUAUGUCUGGUAAUUUAAUUUAUGAUUUUUUUAUGGGCGCACCUUUAAAUCCUCGAAUUGGUCAUGUUGAUUUGAAAAUGUGGGCUGAAUGCCGUGUACCUUGGCCAGUUCUUUUCUUUAUUGGUGUUUCAUGCGCCUUAAAGCAAUAUGAAACACGUGGUUAUGUUACUGCUCCUGCUGCCUUCCUUGUUCUUGCUUACUUUUUAUAUACAAAUUCAAUCCAGAAGGGUGAAGAGUGUAUUCUUACAUCUUGGGAUAUGUUCUUUGAAAAGGAUGGUUUUAUGUUAAUUUUCUGGAAUAUGGCUGGUGUCCCUUUUACUUAUUGUUAUUCAGCUGUUUAUCUUAGCAAACUCGAAGAAACUACAGGUAUUGUUGUAACUCAUAGUAAAGCUUAUACUAUCUUUUUAUAUAUCCUUUUACUUUGUGCUUACUAUGUCUUUGAUACUGGUAAUUCUCAAAAGAAUCGUUUCCGUAUGGAACAAAAUGGUACCUAUAUCGAUCGUAAAGCCUUCCCUCAAUUACCUUGGGGUAGAAUUAAGAAUCCUACUUAUAUCAAAACCAAGCAAGGUAAUAUGUUAUUGACUUCUGGUUGGUGGGGUAUUGCUCGUAAACCACAUUACACUGCUGAUUUAUUCCAAUCUCUUUCUUGGGGAUUAAUUACCGGCUUUGGUUCUUUCUUACCUUAUUUCUAUUUCACUUUCUUUUUUGUUGUACUGACACAUCGUGUUACUAGAGAUAUGGAGCGUUGUGCAAAGAAAUAUGGUAAAGAUUGGGACCGUUAUUGUGAGAGAGUUCCUUACAUCUUUAUUCCUUAUGUUUUCUAAAAUUUUGUAUACUUUAAGAAAAUUUCUGCAUAUUUUAAUAAUAAAAAUAAUAUAACUCAAUAGAAAUGAGUUUAUGUAGACUGUUAAAUAUAGAAAAAUCAAGUUCCACAUGGAUUUUUUCCAGUUUCAUCAUGUUAAACAAGCAAACAAAUAUACACACAUGCAAAGUAUAUAAUAAUGUAUACAGCAACAUAAAAAAAAAAAAAUUUUUUUUU